CGGUGGGUGUGUCGUAGUUGGCGCGCGACGCGGCGAUCGGAGCCGUAAACAUCACAGAGGAAGAGAGGAUGAAGAAGUUACCCUAACACAUCACCUCUCUCCAACAGGGCGUUGUCGUUGCAAACAUUACAUAGGUAUUGCCUGGACAUCUUUUCAGCAUUUCAUAUGUAACACACAAAAGAGGAUCCAUGUCUUUUCUUCGUUGGGUAUCUGAGAAAUUGAGUGUGGAGAGCCUGCGGGAUUUGGAGUUAUUUGGAGAGCAAGCUCAGGGAUUCUCUCACAGGAAAGCCCAUGAGGACAGCCAGGAAAGUCUGACCUCCCUCCCACGUCGGGACACGAUGGGCAGCUUCCUCCCUGACAGCGGCUCCUACGAGCUCCUCACAGUUAUCGGCCGGGGCUUGGAUGACUUGAUGACAGUGAACCUGGCUCGAUACAGACCCACUGGGGAGCACGUAGCCAUCCGACGGAUCGACUUGGAGUCGUGCACUAAUGACAUGGUUACCUACCUUCAGGGCGAACUGCAUGUGUCAAAGUUGUUUCAUCACUCUAGUAUUCUACCCUACAAGAGCGUCUUUAUAGCUGAAAAUGAACUGUGGGUCAUCACUCCCUUCAUGGCUUAUGGAUCAGCCAGAGAUCUGAUCUGCACACAUUUCACUGAUGGCAUGGCUGAGCUGACCAUCGCAUAUAUUUUGCUGGGCAUGCUCAAAGCUCUUGAAUACAUCCACCACAUGGGAUAUGUGCACCGGAGCGUGAAGGCCAGCCAUGUGUUGAUCUCAGCAGACGGACAGGUCUGCAUGUCAGGCCUACGGAGCAUCUUCAGUCUGAUCCGUCAUGGCCAGAGGGCCAGAGUUGUUCACGACUUCCCCCAGUACAGCGUGAAGGUGCUGCCCUGGCUCAGCCCUGAGGUGCUGCAGCAGAACCUGCAGGGCUACGACUCACGCUCAGACAUCUAUAGCCUCGGCAUCACAGCCUGUGAACUGGCAAAUGGUCAUGUGCCCUUCAAGGACAUGCCAGCUACACAGAUGCUGCUGGAGAAGCUAAAUGGGACAGUGCCAUGUUUGCUGGACACCACCACAAUCCCACCAGAGGAGCUGUCACUGAAACCGUCUCGCUCUGGGGCUGACUCCGGGAUCUGCGAGGGUCCAGGAGCCGGAGGUCAUCGCCCCUCCAAUGGAGAGCCCUCUUCUUCAUCAUCAGGACACCCUUACAACCGGACGUUCUCCCCACACUUCCACGCCUUUGUCGAGCUGUGCCUACAGCGAGACCCAGAGAAGAGGCCGUCUGCCUCCACUCUCAUAGGGCAUCCCUUCUUCAAACAGAUAAAACGCCGGCCCUCCGAGGCGCUGCCUGAGCUGUUGCGGCCAGUGUCACCCAUCACCAGCUACGAGAGCUCCCAUCUGCACGACUCUCCCUCUGGACUGGCUAGUCUGGAGUCAGGUCUCAGCCACCUGGAGGUGGACGACUGGGACUUCUGACAAUGGAGCAUUAGGUGGGAAGAGACUUGUAGGAUUCUGAUGGGAACCUCUCUGAGAAUACAGGGAGAGAUUUUUUUGUAAUGGGCCCCUUGUAAAUAAUUCACUCCUCAACCUAAAACGAGUCGCUGUUCUCAGACAGAGGUUAAAAGCCAGCAGCCGUCUUGCCUCUUUUGGAUGUCUCUCACGCGCAUUUGUUCUCUAGAUAUGCACAGACUCUUGCACUGCACUAAUGGCCUCUCUCUCUCUCUUUAUUUCACACGCACACACCUGUUUACAUAUUGUACUCACACAUGAAAAGCCCCCUGGAGCCAACACACGGGGACUCCUCUCUCCUCAUGCUGAGGUUUCAGAGGAGUUCCUGUGGAUGUAGCUUAAACCUGAAGAUUCACAUGAAAUGAAUCAGUGGGUAGCUGCUACUAAACCUAAUCCAAUUCAGAGGGGACACUCUACCUCUUGUUUCCACAUGGCUGUUUGACGUGGCCCAUCUGCUCAGUGUGACCACCAUAAGGGUGCACACUGGUCCUCAUCGCUUACUCAACCCUCUCUACACCAGAUAGAAGGUUUUGAUUUUGUACCAAGGGCCGGCUAAAUGAACAGCAUGUUUAAGCAUUUCUCAGCUCUCUGCCUGUGUUACAGUGUAACCUCCAUCUCAUGCUUUUACGCAUCGCUUCUGUUGCACAGAGGUUCAGCAUAACAUCUGUUAGAAAUGUAUUUCCUUGACUCUGGAUGUGAUGUUACUUAUGUCAAACGUGAAUGUUACAUUGGUGCUCGUUUUCUCAGCUUGUACAUUUUGAAAUUGAAGGCGAGACAAAGUGUUGCAAAUGUCAAACUUGACUUUUAACAAUAAACAUUGUUCACUUU